CUUCUCUACUGCAGAAGACAGAGAUAUCCCAGAAUCGACAGCAUGUUAGCCGUAGAAGAUUUUGCUUUUUCAGCAUGUGGCAAAAGACUAGGGAAAUGAGAGCCAUCACAGCUGUACGCUUAGCAGAAAUGUACAGCCCUUCAUCUUUGCAUGUUUCCGUCCCAAUGAAGGAUUAAAUGGACUGCUAUUUUUUUUGUUGUUUUCUCUCCCCCUUCAUUAUGGCACUCUUGCAUUGUUUGACCAGAGCUAGCUCCAGAGGAAAACAGGCUGCUGAAUUUAGCCACUGAUCACUCACUAGCCCUGGCCUAAGGCUAUGCUGAGAUUUAUAUCCCAUUUGUAUUGUUGCAGCUCAAAGGAAGAAUGUUCAGAGGAUGACAAGUGUAUUCUGAGUAGAUCUUUGGUGGAAGAGGAGGACCCUCACCUGAAAGUUUCUCUUGGGAACACCGAUAUGGGUGUGUCUGCUCACCUCCAGUCUUCGAAGACGGGCACCACUCGCUUUUUCACCAGCAAUACUCACAGUUCAGUGGUGUUACAGGGCUUUGACCAGUUAAGAAUAGAAGGCUUGCUUUGUGAUGUUACUCUAAUACCGGGUGAUGGGGAAGAAAUCUUUCCGGUUCACAGAGCGAUGAUGGCUUCUUCAAGCGAUUACUUCAAAGCCAUGUUUACAGGUGGAAUGAAGGAACAAGACUUAAUGUGCAUUAAAUUACAUGGCGUGAACAAAAUUGGAUUAAAGAAAAUCAUUGAUUUCAUUUACACUGCAAAACUUUCCCUGAGUAUGGAUAAUCUUCAAGACACACUGGAAGCAGCAAGCUUCUUACAGAUACUGCCUGUGCUGGACUUCUGUAAGGUGUUUCUCAUAUCUGGGGUUACUCUGGAGAAUUGCGUUGAGGUUGGACGAAUUGCAAACACUUAUAAUCUCACUGAAGUUGAUAAAUACGUCAAUAACUUUAUCCUGAAAAAUUUCCCACCUUUAUUAACUACUGGGGAGUUUGUGAAGCUCCCAUUUGAUCGUCUUGCCUUCGUGCUUUCCAGUAAUAGCCUUAAGCAAUGUACCGAGCUUGAACUGUUCAAGGCAGCGUGUCGUUGGCUACGUUACGAAGAUACACGUAUGGAAUAUGCAGCAAAAAUAAUGAAGAACAUUAGAUUCCCUCUAAUGACGCCACAAGACCUUAUAAAUCACAUUCAAACGGUGGACUUUAUGAGAACUGAUAACACGUGUGUAAAUUUACUUUUGGAAGCUAGCAAUUACCAAAUGAUGCCCUACAUGCAACCGGUCAUGCAGUCUGAGAGAACUGCCAUUCGUUCAGACAACACUCACUUGGUGACAUUGGGCGGAGUUUUACGACAGCAGCUGGUGGUAAGCAAAGAGUUGCGGAUGUACGAUGAGAAAGGACAUGAGUGGAAAUCCUUAGCUCCCAUGGAUGCUCCCCGGUACCAGCAUGGAAUAGCAGUGAUUGGGAAUUUUCUGUAUGUGGUUGGUGGUCAAAGCAAUUAUGACACAAAGGGGAAAACAGCAGUGGACACCGUUUUCAGGUUUGAUCCCCGAUACAACAAGUGGAUGCAAGUGGCAUCGUUAAAUGAAAAGCGUACCUUUUUCCACCUAAGUGCCCUGAAAGGUCAUCUGUAUGCAGUUGGUGGUCGGAAUGCAGCUGGCGAACUUGCCACUGUAGAAUGUUAUAACCCCAGAACAAAUGAAUGGAAUUAUGUUGCAAAAAUGAACGAGCCACAUUAUGGCCAUGCUGGAACUGUAUUUGGUGGCCUCAUGUAUAUUUCAGGUGGAAUUACACAUGACACUUUCCAGAAGGAACUGAUGUGUUUUGAUCCAGAUACAGACAAAUGGACUCAGAAAGCUCCCAUGACUACAGUAAGAGGUCUGCACUGCAUGUGCACCGUGGGAGACAAACUGUACGUUAUUGGUGGAAACCAUUUCAGAGGAACUAGUGACUACGACGACGUCCUCAGCUGCGAAUACUACUCCCCAUCUUUGGACCAGUGGACUCCAAUUGCCGCAAUGUUACGUGGACAAAGUGAUGUUGGGGUAGCGGUUUUUGAAAAUAAAAUUUAUGUGGUUGGUGGAUAUUCUUGGAACAAUAGAUGUAUGGUGGAAAUUGUCCAGAAAUAUGACCCUGAAAAAGACGAAUGGCACAAAGUGUUUGAUCUACCAGAAUCCCUUGGGGGCAUCAGAGCUUGUACUCUAACAGUUUUUCCACCAGAGGACAAUUGUGGUUCACCAUCUCGGGAAUCUCCCCUCUCCGCACCUUGAAGACUGAUAUUGUAAUAUCUUUGCACUGCGUUAAGAUUUUUUUUUUUUUUUCCGAAACUCUCAAACAAGCUUAGCCAACCAGAAUUGGCGUUCUCUUCUGUAGAGCAUUUUGUACUAUUAAUUUGGCAUAUGUUAUUUAUCGACAAUAUUAACUAAAAUGUUUAUUUAAAGUGGCCAGAUGUUAUGAUGAAAAUUCAUAUGAAUCAAUUAGGUACGUAUGCAAUAUUGACUAUGGGAUUACUUGCUUUAUAAACUAAGGAAGAAACAGAGGUAGGCUGUAAUAGUCUUGUCUCUUUAAAUCCACCUGAUGUUUGGGUAGUUUUUCCCUAUUUAAAUUGACUAUAAAAUGGUCUCCUCCCCUGAUUGUAACAUUUUCACAUAUUUAUUUAUUUAAGCACUUUGUUAAGUGUCCUUUGAAAGGGCCAGUAGUGCCUAACAAUGGAUGUCAUCCUUGUUCAUCAAAUUGCAUUUACCCUUUGCAGCACUUGCAAACUGCCCCCCCCCCCUUUUUUUUUUUUUGACAAGGGGAUUAAUUGUAUGUCACCAUUUUCUUAUCAAUGCCUGUGCUUUGUAUAGGAUUGAAGGUCUUUUGUACAUGUUCUAGAUGCUUGCUUGCUGUCCCAAUCUUCGUUAAUAUGGACUUGUCACCAGGUUACAGUGGAGGCAGCCAUUUUGUGGAAUGAACCAAUAUUUAUUAGAAUCUAGCACAUCAAGAAAGGUCUAGUGUUCAGCACUGUCCUAUGCCUCAGUGAUAUCAUUGGUUCAGCCUACAAAAUGUGUGUGUGUGUGUGUGUGUGUGUGUGUGUGUGUGUGUGUGUGUGUGUGUGUGUGUGUGUGUGUGUGUUGUAGGUGAAAUGUUCAUGUUAAAGAAGUUAGGCGCUACAAGAAAGGGCUAUGUGUGGGGAAUGGAUAUGCACUUUGCCUUCCUGUAGGUAGUCAUGUGCAGCCAUUUGGCCUUGGUUUGUCUCUAGUGUUAUCCUUAAUUCUACUUCUCUUUAUAGAAAUCUGAUUCAAAACUACUGUAAAAGAGAGCAGCCCCAGUGCCAGAGCAACAGUCUACCUAUUUGUAGCUUAGAAAUAAAGGCCCUUUUCCUUUAGCAAAGCAUUGUAGCCGGCACACUUGAAAAGUAUCCAUAUCAGUGGUGGACAAAAUGAAAUUACAUUCGGCAGUAGAACAAGGAGACAAUGUGAGGCAAAGUAUUUAUCAGGCGGCCUACUUGCCUGCAUAGGGCCCAGGGGGCAGUGAGAGGCCUAAAUGACUCUAACCUGGUUUUGUGGGGUUAUUUGACAAAUAAGAGUGGGUGGACAAAGGCCCCAAUCCAUGAUCUUGCCUAGGGCCUCAUGGCUCUUAUUCAGGUUAUGGCUUGACCUUUCCCAAUAUCUGUAGAAGAGUGUUUUCCUUCAUGUUUAAGAAGUCCUCUCAAAAAGUUAAACUGUUGAAGAGAAUUUUUGAGAGCCAGAUGCUACUCUUGUGUCUGUGGUUUGCUCCUCCUGUCACAUAAUUGGUAAGUAACUAGGCUUCUUGCCAAAAAAAGGGUUUUUCCCUUUGGGGAAAAUGUGGAGUCUAUUUUAAGUGUUAAUCUGUUUCAUUCUUUGGUAUUACUGGCCCUUUAAGGUUUCUUAUUCCAGUUCUAAUUUAAAGAUAUUGCAAACUGAUAUAAUACUUGUAUGAUCCUCUUACAUCAUGAAAUAAAACCGUUUUUAAAUCAACUAUAUAUGCCUUAUUCCAAAUAUUGCAUUUCUUUCAAGAUUGAGUUUAAAGUAUACCUUUUUGGUUAAUACAGUUUUAUCAUUCAGGAGCAAGGAUAAAAACCGAUGUAUGAAAAAUCAGCUUGUUAAAUUUGUUUCCCUAUGCUAAAUGAAAUGAGAUGAGGGCUUGACAUGUUAAGGGACAAAUUUAAUUUGUUAUCUGAAUGAGAAGUGUGCCUCAUCCUUACCUCAUGUGAAUUGGCUUAUUGUACAGUCUGAGGUUAUGUAGCACAACAUGCAGCAAAGGGGUUUUGCUGCUUUUCCAUAAAGGAGUCCUGUUUUAUAUUCCAUUUUGUUCAAUAAAAACACCAAACUUUUGACUGCAA